CUUUGUUUUGGUGUGUAGGCUGGGAGAUUGUUUGAUCAGCCGAUCAGCCCAGCAAAAUCUCGUGCCAUCUGCCAUUUAGAUAUCUAUGCUGGAAUGAAUUCGGGCAAAAUCUUUAAUCUUUGGACAUUUGACUUUUAGUUUUUAGACAUAUUUUGUAAGAUUGUAUUUUGUGUAAUUAAAUAUCGAACUUCCUUUAGGCGAACCGGAUUUGGGAUCUGUCGGCCAUUGACACACAAAGGAACUGUUCCCGGAAUUUUUAUUUUUCGAAAAAAAUUAAGACAAUUAUGAAACGUGGUAUCUUGACAACAAGUAAGGGAAUAUGUGCAGAAUAUGUGAAACAAGAACCGCUCGAAGACUAUCCUCCUUCGCCCCAGAUUUUGAAUUUGACCAGCAUUUAUCGUCAACCUCUUAGUGCUACAAAGGAUCCGCAAGUGCAUUCACAAAACACUAUAACUGUGCAUCGUGGAGGUCUUACCCCACAUGGACCAUGUUACAGUCCUGUUACUGGUGUAAAGCAACUUAUUGGAAGACCACAGGCUAAAAGGAAAUUGGAAUUGGAACCAUCAAAUAUCACAAACGAGGGUUUCAAAACACCAGCAAAAACUUACAAAAGGAGACGAACAGUGUCAGGGGCUACUAGUCCAAAAGUGCCAAAGCUUGGUUCUCCAUCAGAAAAGACCAGGUAUGACACGUCACUCGGCCUCUUGACCAAAAAGUUUGUAGGACUACUACAAAGUGCAACAGAUGGGGUUCUUGACCUGAACAAGGCAGCAGAGUAUUUAGAAGUCCAAAAGAGAAGAAUUUACGAUAUAACUAAUGUAUUAGAGGGAAUCAACCUUAUAUCUAAGAAGUCAAAGAAUAAUAUACAGUGGAAGGGAUGCACUAACUCAAUAGCAGCUAAUCCUGAUUGUCCUAGAUUAUCUACAGAAAUAUUAGGGUUAAACACAGAAUUGGGUGAUUUGGAAUCUAAGGAAAAUCACCUAGAUCAGCUCAUUGCAACAUGUACCAAACAGCUAAAGCAGAUGACCGAAGACCCAGCUAAUGCCAAAUUAGCUCACGUCACGUACCAGGACAUUCGCAGCAUAAGCUCUCUGGAUGAGCAGACUGUGAUAGCUAUAAAAGCUCCCCCUGAAACAAGGCUGGAGGUGCCUGAUCCAGAGACCAACAUCCAGAUAUGGCUAAAGAGCAACAAAGGUCCGAUUGAGGUCUACCUAUGUCCAGAGGACACGGAAGGGAAUGGGGAUACCAGCUCCUCUAGUCUUGGAAGCAUGAACAGCGAGGAGAGUCGCGAGAGUUUGUAUGUCUCUGAUGACUCGCUUUCCUGUGACAGUUUUAGAUCUGCAAAGAAAAUUAAACAAGAACCCGACAUAGGCAUCAAGACAGAACCUGACUCUCAGGCAAGUAAUUGCAGCAACAGAAGUAUGUCCACAGUCAAAAACGCCCUGUUGGAGGACCAAGACAUCUCCCCCGACAUAGACGGGAACAUUCUACCUCAAACUGAGGACCAGGAACUGGACUCCCCUUUCAUACACCUAGAUGCUCCCCUCAGUAUGGACGAUUACAUAUUCAGCUUAGGUGAUGGGGAAGGAAUUUCUGAUUUGUUUGAUGAAUGUGAUUUUGAUAGUAUUAUACCUGUUGUGUAAGGGAAUACUGAUUUUUGGAUGGUAUGAUUCCAAAGUUGGUUGAAAGGGAGAUAAAUCUUAACAGUUUUUUUCACUUAUCAUAACUUUUGCUCUGCAUGGCAAGCUUGUAUGUAUUCUACUGAUUAGAACCUUUGAAAACUUUUAUUUAAAUUUGAAUAUGGUAGAAAGAAUAUCUCAAAAUUUUGCCUAAAGACAUAUAUGUACUAUACAGUAAUUAGUAGAAAUAUUGCCUUAGUUCAAUGUAACUAAUAGAGUCUGGAUAGAACAGAAUCUAUUUUUUGUGAUUUAUUUAUUUAACAGAUUGAUUAAGACAACCUUAUUUAUUAGCUGUGUGGUAGAUGUUGUAACUGUAUGCAAGUGAAUUAAAUAAUUUUAUUGAUUAAAUCUCCUGAAUUUGUAUGCUUAUGCAUAGAAUUUGCUAAUAACUAGCACAUACUAGUCUUUCAUUUAUCUCAGAUUGCACUAUAGCUGAAUAUUUUUAUACCAUUACGGAAUAUGUUGGAAUUAUGGCAUACUUUAAUACAUCAUGUCAAUUUUUUUUUUUUUUAAUUAAUAAGGGUCAGGACAUGUGUUCAGAAUAUAUUUUUAUACAUAUGAAACUGAUACUUGUGAUAUUCCUCAAUACAUCAUGUGUUACGUCAAAUUGCAAAAGAAUUCACUAUAUAUCACCUUAUCUUCAUGGUUUAUAUUCUGUGAAAACUGUGGGUUUUUUUUAAUACCUGAUAGAUCAUAAUUUGUCAAUGUGUGUUAGCAGCUAUGUAUACUACGUGCUCAAGAAAUCACCAGAUGUGUUCAGUCGCACUUUUUUCACCGUGUUUUGCCAUCUAUGAAUAUUAAUUGUUCAUAAGUUCACCAAAUGUGUUCAAUCAAACCUUGCCACUGUGUUACAGCUGCUGAGAGUAUUAAGUGUUCAUGAAAUCACCAGAUGUGUUCACCGUUUGUGUUCAUUAAGUACCACUCCCUCGUGUUCACACAAUAUACCAUGUGUUCAAAGAAUUACCACAAGUGUUAACAAACAAUUGAAACUACUCCAAUAUGCAAGAAAUUCUUUUUAUUUCUGUUGAGAAUAUUUGAUGUUAAUAUUCACAGCAUUUUGAGUGAAUGGGUUGCAUAAGUUUGCAAGAGGUUUAGUGUGUAUAUUUUUUUUUAACAAGCAUGAAAACACUCCAAAAUUAUGAUUUUUCUUAAUGUGUGUCUGUUAGCCCUGUAAGUUUUGCAUGUAAGAAAAAUAUGUACUGAGAAAAUCAGCACAUUGAUUUUUUGAUAAGAAAUAUAUGUCUACAUACAUGACCAUAGUGCUAGUGUACAGACUUACAUACUUGUCAAAUUCUGACAAACAUAUUUACAGUGUGGAUGUUUUGAUGUCACGUGCUAAGUAUUGUAUCCCUGCAUAUGGCUUUAAUUAAAGGAAAAACAUAUAAUUUUAAUAUAUGAGUGUAUUUAAUAAGUUAUUCUGUGUGUAACAUUUAGGUUUUUGUUGUGUAUUGCAUGUGUAAAAGAUUACCUCGUAAUUUAACUGUUUGCUUGAUUUAGUAUUGUGGCGAUUUUCAUUUAAUGCAUGUAAUGUGAAUUAUUUUAUAAAAAGCUUUCGAUUUUGUAUAACUAAAUUUACUCAAAUUCCAAGGGGAAAAAAAUGAAAAGAUGCAGUAAGUAAAAGCUUGAAGACAUCAAUUCGUGCAAAUCUAUAUAGCACCCCAAAAAAUGGGGACUUUGGUCUCCAAAACAAUUUUGGAAGGAAAUAGCAUUAUUCACUAUAGAAUUUAUUAUAAUUCUAGAUUUCAAAAUGAAUGUAGUAUAUUACUAGUCAUGUAGGCGAUUUGAUUGAUGUGCAAUUUGAAAUUAUAAAGAAUUUAUAUAAGAAAUGUUACAAUAGAAUCUAUAAAGUUAUUGAUAGAUCAAAUUAUGUCUUAUUU